CUCAAACCUUUAACCUCAAAACCCUAAAUAUGAACUACACCGAGCAUAGUGAGGGCUCACUAAGCUGAUUUUGACGGAAAUCGACGAGGGUUCUAACCUCAGAGCCAGAGAAAUUCUCAUUGUCACCGAAAGCCGAAGCGUAAGUGUUAUUGAUUCCUGAGAUCUUGCAUGUAGCUGCCCUUGCGCAUUGCAAGCCUCUUCCAUGAAGUAGAUGAAUCCACCAUUGAACCCACAAGGGAAAAGGAAAAACAAUGGAAUCUUGUAUCCACCGAUGCAAACCUGCGUGUUAACUUGUUGAAUUAGGAGCACUAAUCACGAUUCGCAACGUCCAAUUGCUUCGAUAAAAAAAGGCAAGGGGGACACAGCCGACAGGUCGCUGCAGUCUUGAGACCUUGCAAGUUCACAAAAGCUGGCACUAUGGCACCGAAGUCAGCAACGAAAAAAAAAGCAAAAAAGAAGCCCCUCACAGAGGAGGAGAAGAAGGCAAAAGCCGACUUCGAUGCACUCAAGGCUGUAGAAAUGAGGAAGAAAGCUAUAAGGGAUCGCAAAUCGGCAUUCAAGAAUGCUAUGAUUGACGAGGAGAAACUCUCAGUGAAGAGUAUGCUGGAAAUUCACAAAAAGUGGAGGAGCAUCUUGCGCAUUGCCAAGAUUAAGGAGCAGCGCGAUGACAUUGAUUGGUUGACUAAGAACCACGUGCGCCAGAUGGAAUUGAAGGAUCAUAUAAUAGGGUUGUACCGGGAGCAAUUAUAUGAAUCGGAAGCACAACGGCGUAGUGCUCAAAUUAAGCACUUGUCAAUGCUUGAUGCUUCGAUUGAUAUCCAUUACUUGCGCACUGCGAAGAUGGAAGAGGAAUUUCAAGAGCAGGUUAAGAACCUGGAGGACUCCUUCAUGACCGAGAGGAAGCUCAUGACAACAAAUUUUUCGAAUGAGAAAAAGGAACUCAAAGACGUAAUUCUAGCAAUGAAAGUUCAAGCUGAAGAAUCGAUUUAUGACAGAAGACAAGUAUAUGAGGCAACUCGAGAAGAACUCAAGAACAAAGAUAUUGAAGAAUUUAACAUGCUAAAAAUCACUCUUGAGCUUGGAGUAGAGGAGAUAGAACGGCGGAUUGAGCGGACUCAUAAGUCAUACCUAGCUAAUACAGAAGCGACAACCAUUUCGUUCAAGAAUUUGGUUGCCAAGGAUAUCGUAAAGUCGCACCUCAUUGAGCGUCGGAUGCGCACUCUCAUCAACUUGCAUGAAAACAUUUCAUAUUGGCGGGUCCGCAUGGUAAUUCAAGGGAAAGAAUUUAAUAAGGUGAACCAGAAGAUGAAGGACGAAAAAGAAUGCUUGCUGAAUCACUAUACCGCUUUGAAGCGUCUUUUGGGUAGAAUUAAACAUCAUGAGCGUGAUAAUCUCAAGGAAGUUUCUAGGAAUGUUUCAGACGCGAAGAACCAUCUGAUGGACAAGUUGGUGGUCGCUCAACGGGUUCUUCACUUGGCUAAACGGGCGAACAAACUUGAAACAGAGCAUGAGAAGAUCUUUCCAUUCGAGCCAUUGCAUUGUUUUAAUAUUCCCACAGUACCUGGUCUGGUCCUGGAUCGAGAGCUGGCUGAAGACGAGACAACCAAAAAGUCGGAGGCAAAAAUGUUGGGGCAUUCAGUGGCCUUGCUAGUGCCAACCCAGUUUCAAGUCGAGCCAAAACCCCCAGAAGUAAUAAAUGGCAAGAAUCCUUUCCACUGGGGAACGUAUGCUCUCGAUGAAAACGGCAAUGAAGUGGAAGAAAGUCACUAUAUGGCCAACUUUAACAAACGCUUUAACAAGGUUAAGCUUGACUUACUGACCAUUCAGACGGAAAGGAAUAGACUAAGCGAGGAGAAUUCAAAGCUUAUUAAUGGCUUGCAAAAGUAUAUGGAUAGCCAAAUUAUGCCCAAGUGACUGAGGAGACAACGGAGUACUUUGGUGAUCAUAUAGAAGAAACCACAAUUGCUUCAACUAACCGCUGCUUCAUGGUGUGGAUCUCCACCGAUGAAGAAGCCGCCAUCGAGCUAAAGAAGAAUGCUAAUGUCUAUAGAAGAGCUCCUACUUUAAUUUAUCUUACAAAUCAAUUCUUUAUAGUCCAUACAUCAUAAAAUUCACUUCCUUAUUUAAUUUCCAAUUCCUUGAUUUAUUUAUUUAUUUUAUUAUUAUAAUUAUAGAGAAAAAAAUAUACAUUGAUUAUUGUUGCAUAUCUCACAC